CAGAGAAGGAGAAUAUCAGUUCACCGCGAUCAAGGUAUUCACGUGAGCCUCUGUUUCGUCGUCGUGCCGGUAGACGCGAAUGGAACGUGUGGAGGAAGAAAGGGACGCGGGGAAAAGGAACAGUGGGUCGGUGGAGACAGAGCGAGAACGCGAGAACGAGAGCAGCGAGGUUCGUUUUCUCGGUUGGUUGUAGCCGGCGAGUCGAAUGAAAAUAAAUCGGCGUUACGACGAACUGGUUCGUGCGUUCGCGUAAAGCCGUCGUGCGGUUCGGUGAAACAGAGACACGUCGCGACGCGACACGGCACGAGAAGAAAGAGGGGAAUAGAGAAAGGACCGCGUGGUAUCGGUACACGAGUGAGAAAGAGAGAAGCCAAGGGAAAGGGUCUCGCGACGCGAAACGAACCUUCGCGCGCUGCCCUUCUUUGGGAUCGUGGAAAAAAGGCCCUAUUGGACAACGAUCGGCCGGUUACGCUUGAGAUACAGAGGGGUCACGAAAUGUCUCUGACGUGCCGAGUGCAGUAUCUGAAUGACAUCGAUCCGUUCGCUUAUGCGAGCUCCUACCCGGAGCCACCUAGACCGCCUGUGCACACCUUCAGCGCGACCUUGCCACUAAUUAACCAGCUCGCAGCGGUGCAUCGACUUCUACGGGCGCCUCAUAGGCUUGAUGACACUGCGCUGCAGCUGUACAAAGACGGCGAUUAUGGCGCUUAUUUGGACCUUGAGGCUUCCAUCAGCGAGCAGCAGGAGGAAUUCGAGGGCUUCCAGACUAACCGAAAGAACUCGAUCGUUCUCAGGACACAGCUGUCCGUGAGGGUGCACACAAUCAUAGAAAAAUUGCUGAACAGCGAGGGCCGCGAGCUGCGACGGGCUCUCUUCUCCCUCAAGCAGAUCUUUCAGGAGGACAAGGACCUGGUACACGAGUUUGUACAGAAUGACGGGCUUGCCUGCCUCAUCAAGGUUGGCAGCGAAGCCGACCAGAAUUACCAAAAUUACAUACUUCGCGCUCUCGGCCAGGUGAUGCUCUACGUGGACGGUAUGAACGGAGUGAUGGAGCAUGGUCAGACGGUUCAGUGGUUGUACACGUUGAUAGCCAGCCGGUUCCGGUUAGUGGUGAAGACCGCGUUGAAACUGUUGCUGGUAUUCGUCGAGUACGUCGAGACGAACAGCCUGCUGUUGGUCAGAGCCGUCAGAUCGGUCGAUACGUCUAGGGGCAUGAUCCCUUGGACGAACGUGAUGAAGCUCCUCAAGGAUUACGAUGCUGCUGACACCGAGCUGCUGAUCUAUGCGACGACGUUGGUCAACAAGUGUUUGAACGGUAUACCCGACCAAGACACUUAUUACGAUCAAGUGGACUGUCUCGAGGAGCAGGGCAUGGAGGGCAUCAUACAGAGGUACAUGUCUAAGCAGGGUACCGAUCUAGACCUGCUGAGGCAGUUUCAAAUCUACGAGGCCGUGCUGCAUCAUGAGGAUGGAAACGACAGGGGUUCGCCCAUUCGCCAGCUGGACGAUAACAUCAGGAAGACGCUGCGCAACCGGAAGUCCUUGCUGGAUUCCCACGAACGACGAAAAUCCCGACGACAUUCGACGGGCACGUCUCCGUUGUCGAUGUCCUUGAACGCGCGGCUAAGUCCGCGGCUCAACCACUCGUUGGGUCUGAGCUCCCUGAGCAACACGCUGAACUCAAGCUUGCCCGACGACGACGAUGAGUCCAGCAGUUCCCAGAGUUCGCAAGGCCAUCUCGGAGAUGUUCAGCUCAACGGCAGUUACAAGGAGAACAAAGUGGACGUUGGCGUGACACCGGCGUUAAGACGUCGAAGGGAACGAGCCGAGAGGCAGAGGAGCUUUAUCAGGGAGCAGCAAGAGGCCACAGCGAAUAUGCGAGCAUCAGUCGUACCCUCGGACGACCAAGAAAGUCCCUACGCGUCGAACGGGCUGCGUUACACGAACGGAACCACGUAUGAGAGAAACGCGGACUCGCCGUUGAAUAAGUUGUCCAGGACGAACAGUAGGAAAGACUUGACGCCGCUGAUGAAUGCUGCGAACAAGCUCGACUCCGAGGAGAAGAAACCGUGGUACGGGAAGAGCCCGGACGAGGGUGUCGAGUGCGACGAGGGUAAUCACACUGACGAGGAUGAGGAUCGUCGAGUGGUUCUACAACUCAAGAGGGAAGGAACCGUCAAGGAUCUCACACAAAAGCUGGCCGCUCAAAAUCUUAUACCGAGCAGCCCAGUCGAGGAGAAGGUUUCCAGGAUAGGUGAUAUGAGUGGUCUGAUCUCGAAGGCGAAGGAGGGUCUCGCAAAGUCGAAGUCAAAGGCGGACGUGGUAAAGUCUCCUACGGGGGACAAUCUGCCGAAGAUACAGGAGGUAAAGAAAUCCGAGAAUGAAUUGCACUGGGAAGAAUUGGUGAAGAAACUGAAACGACCGCUCGCCCUCUGCGACCUCGACUUCACCGAUCUGAAUUCCGACGACGAGGUCGACGUUCUCGGCCCGGUGAACGUGACCAACGGGGUGCCACCGCCCCCGCCGCCGAUGGUUCCGACAGCCGGUGGCGCCCGUGCACCGCCGCCUCCACCUUUGGGCGCCAGGUUGCCCCCGCCCGUUCCUCAGGCACCGCCACCGUUGUUCGGUGUGAACCUAAAAUCGCCGAGGUCAUCGACAGCGAACGAUGCCGGCAACACGCCAAAGAGUCCACCGCCGACCUUCACCAAGAAGAGCAAGAAAACGGUGAAGCUGUUCUGGAAGGAGGUCAGGGAUGAUCCGAUCAUACUGUCGAGGCUGGACAAAAACAAGAUGAUCUGGGACGAGCUAUCCCCGGUACCUGUUGACACACAGAAGCUCGAGCACUUGUUCGAGAGCCGCGCCAAGGAUCUCAUCACGAAGAAACAGCAAGAGAUGAACAAGAAUAAAGAGAUCAUCGUGCUGGACCAUAAACGAUCGAACGCCAUCAAUAUCGGGAUGACCAAGCUGCCACCACCGAGGUCGAUCAAAACGGCUAUUUUGAAGAUGGACGCGACCAUCAUGAACAGAGAGGGUAUCGAGAAAUUAUUGACAAUGCUGCCGACCGAGGAGGAGAGAUCCAGGAUACAAGAGGCGCAGGCCGCCAAUCCUGACCUACCUUUAGGAUCGGCCGAGCAGUUUCUUCUCACUUUGGCCUCGAUCUCGGAAUUACCCGCGAGGCUGAAACUUUGGGCGUUCAAGCUGGACUUCGAGAAUUCGGAAAAGGAAAUUGCGGACCCUUUGAUGGAUUUGAAGCAGGGAAUGGAGACUCUCCGAGUGAAUAAAACGUUCCGCGGGAUUCUGAGCACGCUCCUUUCGAUCGGGAUAUUCCUCAACGGAAAUGAGGUGAAGGGCUUUCAACUGGAAUACCUUGCCAAAGUACCUGAAGUGAAGGAUACGGUUCACAAGCACUCGUUGCUUCAUCACCUUUGCCACAUGGUGAUGGAGAAGUUUCCGGAUUCCACGGAUCUCUAUUCGGAGAUUGGCGCGGUAACGCGGGCAUCGAAAAUCGACUUUGACGAGCUAGCAGCGAACAUCGGCAAGCUCGAAAGCGAAUGCAAGGCGUCGUGGGACCACCUGAAGUUGAUUGCGAAGCAUGACGGUUCGACGAUGAUGAAAGUCAAAAUGUCAGACUUCCUGGCGGAGUGUGCGGAGAGGAUAAUCGUGCUGGGCAUCGUGCACAGGCGGAUCAUAAAUCGAUUCCACAAGUUCAUCCUAUGGCUGGGCAUCCCGUUGCACAGGGUGCAGGACACGAAGCCGAACGAGUUUUGUCGGAUCGUGUCCGAGUUCGCGCUCGAGUACAGAACCACCCGGGAGCGGGUGAUACAGCAGCUGGAGAAAAAAGCCAAUCAUCGCGAACGAAAUAAAACCAGAGGAAAGAUGAUCACGGAGGUUGGUAAAUUCAGAACGAAAGAGGAUCGAGCAGACGCGGAGCUCAGACAACUGCUUGGAAGCGAUAUCUCCGACGUUGAGAGUAUUCAUGGCACUUUACCGUGGAGGAGACAGAGGAAGGAUGGCCGCACCUCGUUGGGUCCAUUGCUUCGCGAUGAAAAUACGAACGGGAACCUCACCGAUGGCGACGAUGAGUUGCUGGAAUCAUUGGUGAAGACCGCGACGAAGACGCCGGCAACGAGGACGACGCCGAGGGAGCGGAAGAGGACCAGACACGCCGAUCGUAAGUCUUUGAAGCGAUCGCGCACCCGGGAGAACAACACAACGCCAGAAGGGUACCAACCCUGAAGGGCUGCGAAUCGUGACCGACGCGAUGAAGUGCGUAGAACGCUGAAGAACGGUCUCUCGGAAGAGGAGAAGAAGCACAUCGCCGCCUACAUCAAGGGCUACUAACUGUGAUAAAAACUCAAACCCCGUAAAACUCAUCCGCGAGAAGAGAGCAAGGUUUAAAUCCAUAGCACGAUCUUCCCUUCGCUGAUGCCAGAUGCUGACGAUAUGGCCAGGAUUUUACGGAGGGCGCGACCAUUGCGAAAUACGACAGACACGAGAAGUACCAGAUACUAUCCUUUAAGAGAGAAUCGCGAACAUACUCCAAGGUUAUACGUUAAAAAUGAUCAUAAAUGCACGCGCGUGAGUGUGCGCGCAUUGACACUACAGGGUAGUCUAAAAUUUAAUUUGAUAUAAAUCUUGGAGUAGUUCCUUGUUUUGAACCUACCACAGAAUGGUCAUUACGUUCAUCUUGAAAUCGACUAAAGAGCUAUGCAGUCAGAUGUAUAUAAAGUGACCUCAUCUUUUCAUGAAACAUUCUUUCAAAUUUCCAAUGAUGCAAAAGGUAAAUGACUUUUGUUCGAAUCAUUUUUUUGCUGGACUGUAGGAAAUACCUGAAACAUCUUUUAGACUAUCAUGUACGUGUAUGUAUAUACAUAUAUUAUAUACACAUGCGUAUGGGUAGAAAUUUAAUUGUUUCUAUUGCAUUCGUCGUCGAAAAACGAAAUCCGAGCUUUCAAAUUCUAUGUUCUCGACUUAUAUUUCCUGUCGUUCAUACGAGUGCUGAUGUUUAAUUAUUUUCCGAUUAAUUUAUUUGAUGGCCAAUCGAUUUAAUGUUGAGCAUGUCUACGCGAAACACUCAUUUUCAAGUGUAUUCAUUUUAUUUUAUUUCUCUUUAAUGUCUUUUCAAAGAAUCCUUUUGGAACAUCUAUGAUACGUGAACGAAAAUGAUUUACCUAGCGUUUAUAUAAAAAUGUUAUAUUCGAAUAAAGAUGCAACGCCGGAUCCUAGUUAGAAAACAUAAUGUCAAUUCUCCGAUGCUCUCCUCGGAUGGAAUUACUAAUUUAAUCAUUCAACUCUCGGUCGUAUGCCUUAGGAAAAUGUACCCACGUUAAAUAUUACAAAAUAUUUUAUGCAUUCGACUGCAUCGGAGAAACGACUUCGAGGAAUGAGAAACGAAAC